AUGGUUUCCCUUCACACUUUCAAUCUUUGGUCGAAAUUUGCCGCAUCUUCCACGUCAUCAUUCCCAUCUACAGUACUCUUUUGUCACGUGGCAUGCCAAGAAUCUCCCGAUUUUUGUAAUGGUUUGAAUUCGGAUGAUUACAAUACCGUAGUCGCUUAUAAAAAUGGUAUAAAUAUUGGAAAAACUGCAAAUAUUGGAGAUUUGAUAUAUUAUGAGCAAUGGGUUGAAUUGUAAGCACUUUACAGCACUCCCGACAAAAUUAUUGAUUUUUAUAUUUUGGCAGGAUUCUCAAUGAGCCUACUGUAGAAGUUGAAGACAUUGUUGAAACGAAAAAAGGAUUUUGGCGCGCGAAAAAACGAAAUGCGGUGACGAUUGGUGUAUUUAGGAGCAGUGAAGAUGCUGAAUAUAAACAUUUUCGAAUCGCCGCCGAAAAAUUGGCGGGAAAAUAUUAUUUGGCACAUGCUUUUGUUGAGUGAGUUAUUUUGUCGAGCGUUUUUCUCAGGAAAAAGAAAUACAAUUUUUGCCACGUGGAAAAUUUUCAGGUUUUUCGUCUGAAACGUUUAAUAAAGAGAUUCUGGAAACUUUUGCUUUUAUUGCCACAUGGAUUUUUCUCAAAUUAAACUAUGAGGUCAGAAAAUCCAUGUGGCAGAAAUUCGAAACUUUCCCUCUGUACAAAUUCUAGAAAAUUUCCAAAUUUUAAAUUAAAAAAUCACAAAUCUUUCAAAUUUUCCCGCUCCAAAACUCUCCUUUUCAUUUUUCCAGUCAAGACCCAACAAUCUCAACCUACCGUCCUUCGGAAAAACAAAAACGACAAUCAUAUUCGGGUCGUUUCGAUCCAGCUUCAAUCAUGGAUUUCAUAACAAAAUCAACACUUCCAACAAUUUUCGAUAUAUCUCAAGGAUUCACAACUGAUUUGCUGUUACGCCAAAAACGAACAAUUCUUUUGAAUUUUGGAGCGAAAAUUGAUGGAAAUUUUGAGAAAUUGGCUGGAAGAAAAGAAUUGAGAAAAACACAUAAUUUUGUAUUUUUGAAGAAAGAAAAAGAAGACAAAAAGAAAGUAUUUGAAAAUUUGGGAAUUUCGGAUGAAUCUGAUGGAAUUGUAAUUUUGAAUAAGGAUCGAGUUCAUUUUAUUGAUUCAAAAAUUGCAAGAUGUCCAGAUCAUCUUUUGAAAUUGAUACAAAAUAAAGCGGAAGCUGAAGCUGAAAGUGGGUUAUUUCUGGAAAUCUAAAAAAAAUUCAAUUUUUGCAGAAGUUUUAUCAACAAAAGAAGCACAUCCUUUGAGAUAUUUACAAGUUGAAAAAGUGAAUGAAAUAUUUGGAUUUGAGGAAACUAUUGUUCUACCAGAUCAUACACUGUUUUUGGACAAAGAUGUAAGUCAACAAUUCAAUUUGGCUGAAAAUUAUGAUUUUUUUUCAAAUUUUGUUUCAAAAUUCUUCAAAAAUCCAAAUUUCUCAAAACCUUACCCAAAAAAUCCUUCAAUUUUUCAGCCAUUCUCGAAACCUUCUCCAAUUCCUUCAAAUCCAUCCGGUGGUUGUCCAUUUAUGCAAGGCGGUGGUGGCAGUCAAACAGAAAAUCACGACGAGUUAUAA